AUGUGGUGGGGAGGAGCCUGGUGUGAGACCAACUUCAAUGGCAAGUUCAAAACUCCAGUGGUUAUCAGAGGUGUCCCACUGACAAAGAGAAUUACUUGUAUCUUUGAAGUUCAACAAGUUGGGCGUUGCCACCAAGACAAGCAUAAGAAGUCUAGUCAGCAAACCAUCAAGGCACUCUGCGCUGUCUACAGAGCCCACCCAGAAGUGUUUGAUGAAGAGCCUACCAAGCUCCAUAGUGACAUCAACACCAAGGAAGAUACCAUGCAAUGGAAAAUGCCACCAUCAUACUCUCACCUCACACCUCUUGCGCAUGACUUGGGCUCCUCUUGCAAGUCUAUCCAUUUGAGUGCUAGCAGUGGCCACGACUCUGAGCCAGAUGACAAUGACACUAACUUACUUAAUAGUGAUGAUGAGUUGGCUGAUGACCAUGAUGCAGAUGAGGCUGUGGAUGAUGAUGACAAAGUCAAGUCGGUGGCUCAGAGUACCAAGUGGCCCUUGGACACAACAUUUGAAGAACCAAUGAUGCCAAAGAUAAAGAAAGGUAUGGGUGGGUCAGGCCAGUAUUUGAAGGCUGCCAACUUUGAUGGAAUCACCAAGGAAAUCCUCACUUCAGCGACCACACUUUUCCAGUGCCUGAUCAUCACUCAGUCACCAUUUCCUGACUCCAUCAUUGUUGAGACAAAGCUGCCAAGCAGGCUUGGCAUGAAUCAUGCCAGACAAAAGGCAUCAAUGUCCAGCUGA